CUGGCACUCCCACUCCUCCCUUCUGCUCUCACUGCAGCCCUGGGUAACUCGCAGGCUAACACAAACAGCUUUUCUCCCGCAGCCUGCCCUCUGUCACUGUCACUUUCAUGAAUUCAAAGGCAAUUUACCAGUGAUUUCUGGGUGCUGGAGCUGAUUUUUUUGUGCGUAUUUACAUUCUAUAUCUUCUGAUGAGGAAAGAAAAAUGCUUCAAGAAGGACUUUGUGACCCCUCAUCACUUUGUAUAAGAGCCCAGAAGAAUGUCUUCCAAGCAAGCCACCUCUCCAUUUGCCAGUGCAGCUGAUGGAGAGGAAGCAAUGACCCAAGAUUUGACCUCAAGGGAAAAGGAAGAGGGCAGUGAUCAACAUGUGGCCUCCCAUCUGCCUCUGCACCCCAUAAUGCACAACAAACCUCACUCUGAGGAGCUACCAACACUUGUCAAUACCAUUCAACAGGAUGCUGACUGGGACAGUGUUCUGUCGUCUCAGCAAAGAAUGGAGUCAGAGAAUAAUAAGUUAUGUUCCCUAUAUUCCUUCCGAAAUACCUCUACCUCACCACAUAAGCCUGACGAAGGGAGUCGGGACCGCGAGAUAAUGACCAGUGUUACUUUUGGAACCCCAGAACGCCGCAAAGGGAGCCUUGCCGAUGUGGUGGACACACUGAAACAGAAGAAGCUUGAGGAAAUGACUCGGACUGAACAAGAGGAUUCCUCCUGCAUGGAAAAACUACUUUCGAAAGAUUGGAAGGAAAAAAUGGAAAGAUUAAAUACCAGUGAACUUCUCGGAGAAAUUAAAGGUACACCUGAGAGCCUGGCAGAAAAAGAACGGCAGCUCUCUACCAUGAUUACCCAGCUGAUCAGUUUACGGGAGCAGCUCCUGGCAGCGCAUGAUGAACAGAAAAAACUGGCAGCCUCACAAAUUGAGAAACAACGGCAGCAAAUGGACCUUGCUCGCCAACAGCAAGAACAGAUUGCAAGACAACAGCAGCAACUUCUGCAACAGCAGCACAAAAUUAAUCUCCUGCAGCAACAGAUCCAGGUUCAGGGUCACAUGCCUCCGCUCAUGAUCCCAAUUUUUCCACAUGACCAGCGGACCCUGGCAGCAGCUGCUGCUGCCCAACAGGGAUUCCUCUUCCCCCCUGGAAUAACAUACAAACCAGGUGAUAACUACCCUGUACAGUUCAUUCCAUCAACAAUGGCAGCUGCUGCUGCUUCUGGACUCAGCCCUUUACAGCUCCAGAAAGGUCAUGUCUCCCACCCACAAAUUAACCCAAGGCUAAAGGGCCUAAGUGACCGUUUUGGCAGGAGUUUGGACACCUUUGAACAUGGUGGUGGCCACUCUUACAACCACAAACAGAUUGAGCAGCUCUAUGCCGCUCAGCUGGCCAGCAUGCAGGUGUCACCUGGAGCAAAGAUGCCAUCAACUCCACAGCCACCAAACACAGCAGGGGCAGUCUCACCUACUGGGAUAAAAAAUGAAAAGAGAGGGACCAGCCCUGUAACUCAAGUUAAGGAUGAAGCAGCAGCACAGCCGCUGAAUCUCUCAUCCCGACCCAAGACAGCUGAGCCUGUAAAGUCUCCAACAUCUCCCACCCAAAGCCUCUUUCCAGCCAGCAAAACCAGCCCUGUCAACCUGCCUAACAAAAGCAGCAUCCCCAGCCCCAUUGGAGGAAGCUUGGGAAGAGGAUCCUCUUUAGAUAUCCUGUCCAGUCUCAACUCCCCUGCCCUGUUUGGGGAUCAGGAUACGGUGAUGAAAGCUAUUCAGGAGGCUCGGAAGAUGCGCGAACAGAUCCAGCGGGAGCAACAGCAGCAACAGCCGCAUGGUGUUGAUGGGAAACUGUCUACCAUGAAUAAUAUGGGGCUGAACAACUGCAGGAAUGAAAAGGAAAGAACACGCUUUGAAAAUUUGGGGCCCCAGUUAACAGGAAAGUCAAGUGAAGAUGGAAAGCUGGGCCCAGGUGUCAUCGAUCUUACUCGGCCAGAAGAUGCAGAGGGAAGUAAAGCAAUGAAUGGCUCUGCAGCUAAACUACAGCAGUAUUAUUGUUGGCCAACAGGAGGUGCCACUGUGGCUGAAGCACGAGUCUACAGGGAUGCCCGUGGCCGGGCCAGCAGUGAGCCACACAUCAAGCGACCAAUGAAUGCAUUCAUGGUUUGGGCCAAGGAUGAGAGGAGGAAAAUCCUUCAGGCCUUUCCUGACAUGCAUAACUCCAACAUUAGCAAAAUCUUAGGGUCUCGCUGGAAAUCCAUGUCCAACCAAGAGAAGCAACCUUAUUAUGAGGAGCAGGCCCGGCUAAGCAAGAUCCACUUAGAGAAGUACCCGAACUAUAAAUACAAACCUCGACCGAAACGCACCUGCAUUGUUGAUGGCAAAAAGCUCCGGAUUGGGGAGUAUAAGCAACUGAUGAGAUCUCGGAGACAGGAGAUGAGGCAGUUCUUUACCGUGGGGCAGCAGCCUCAGAUUCCAAUCACCACAGGAACAGGUGUUGUGUAUCCUGGUGCUAUUACUAUGGCAACUACCACACCAUCACCUCAGAUGACAUCUGACUGCUCUAGCACCUCCGCCAGUCCAGAGCCCAGCCUCCCGGUCAUCCAGAGCACUUAUGGAAUGAAGACAGACGGCGGAAGCCUAGCUGGAAAUGAAAUGAUUAAUGGAGAGGAUGAGAUGGAAAUGUAUGACGACUAUGAAGAUGAUCCCAAAUCAGACUAUAGCAGUGAAAAUGAAGCCCCGGAAGCUGUCAGUGCCAACUGAGGAGUGUUUGUUUGCUGAAUUAAAAUACUCUGACAUUUCACCUCCCCUCCCCCAACAGAAAAGUUCUUAAAGAGCCCGCAUGCAUUUGUGGCUCCACAAUUACAUCAGCAGAAUGGUCUUAAUUGUUUCGUAAAGCGUGAGACAGAUUAAGUUUUCCCAGAUUUUUCAUGAACUUGAGUUUUUUGUCGUUAUUGUUAUUG